AAAUUGAAAUUGUUGUUGUUGUUUCGUGUUCAACAAGCGGCAUAUUUUGUCAGCACGAAUUUAGCUUAAUAUUUACAUAUUUAAUUUAAGUAGGCGUGCGUGUUUUUUUUUUAAUUACAAUUUCAAUUCUAGUCGCAGCAAAAUGGGUUUCGUACUGUCGAAAUUUCGAAAAGAAAAAUCUACAACUGCCGUUUUGGAGGGCCUGCAAUUGCAAAUCAAACAAAUCGAAACGUAUAUGGUGAAUACGCAGGAGAGUAAGCGACGAUUUGUUGCCAACUUUGUAGGCUUCACCAUUGGCGUCUACAUCAUUGGCUUUGCACUAUGGUACUUUUUCUACUUCCCGCCAACGAUGCAAGAGCGCAUAAUGUAUCUAGUGCCAUUGUUGUUGUUUCCAAUACUCAUUGUAUUCUUGCGUCAAAUGUUUACGUGGUAUUUCCAGCGUAAGCUUAAUAAGCUUGAUAGCAAGCUGGCGCAGCUGAAAGCCAAAAAGAGCAGCAUAUUGGAGCAGGUCAUGGAGAAGGAAACAUACAAGGUGGCUGUAAGUCUGCUCGAGCGCUUUGGCGACAAGCAGCAACAACAACAAAGCCGCCAGCUGGCCUCAAGCGCCCAGUUGUCUACAACAGCACGCAGCAUGCAAAGCACUACAUCGCUAAAUCGUUCCACCAGCUCGUCACUGCAAAUGCAAUUGCCGCGCACACCGCAGGCAGCGCAGCUGCAGCAGCAGCGCUCGGUAACUCCCUACAGCAGCGUCUAUCGCAAUAUGAACAACAAUCUGAAUCGCAGUCUGGUGACGCCCAAUUUAGCGACGCCGGCUGUGCGUGCCGGGCAGGAGCUGCGCAGGCGCACGCCAUUUCCAGUGGUGGAUGAGGCUUCACGCAGCGCCUUGGAUCGCAUUGUGGACUUUAUAGUGGGCGAUAGUCCACAAAAUCGCCUGGGCAUGAUAUGCAAGAAAUGUCAUAGGCAUAAUGGCAUGCUGCCGCUGGAGGAGUAUGAAUACACAACAUUCUACUGCGCCUUCUGUGAGACGCUUAAUCCAGCGCGCAAAGAGCGUCCUAUAGCGCCACGUCUAGCGCUAGAAACAGAAUCUCUAGGCACACCACGUGCUGUGCGUAACGAUAGCUCUGCCAGCAGUUCCUCCUCCGACGAUGAUGAAGAUGAAACAGCCUUGAAGCCUUCAAUGGAGCCAAAUGAAGACUUGCCAACGACUGAAACGACUGCAGCUGCUGGAGAUGCAGCAGACGCAGCUGCAGAUGCUGAACUUGAUGCAGCUGCAGCUGUCACAACGAAAGAUUCCGAGACUGAGCCUGUCGCAGCCGCGGAUGAAAAUGAAAUUAAAUAAAUUUUUAUAGGCCAGGCCACAAGGCAUAGAAUGCUUAGCACUUAAAUUAUUAUUUAACACACACACACACACAUACACUUUGUUGAUAAGCAAACUUUUUGUUUAAAGUACUUGUUCAAGACUUUUUAACUCACUAGCUUAAAUAUAUACUAUAUUAUUGAAAUA